GUGUACUGCAUGCUCUGGUUGUCUUGUUAAGAGGAACACAAACUAUUGUGGUGUGAACUACGUGUAAUAUCUCGAAAAGGAAAUUAUGCACACCAUUCUAUAGGUCCGGUGCAUCGUAACAACGCUGCACAGAACUUAGAACGUAAAAUGUUAGAUACAGGUCAAUUAGAGUUGUUAAUUUGCAAUUGUGACCCAGGUCGACUGCUGUCAACAUCAGUCUGCGCUCCGUUUGUUUGUACACAUCACGCGAUAGACCUAGAUGGGCGCGCGCAUGCGGAACCAUGUAAACAAACACAAAACGACGCUUCCAAAAUCAACAAGCAGAAUCACGCUACUCUACGUCACUAAUACGUCUCCCUCUUGCACAUAAGGCUGCAUAUGAAUAGCUUCGAUCAUCGUGUUGAGUGUGCAAUUGAGUAUCGAAUCGAACAAAAUCAGUAAAGCUUUCAAGUAAUUUUACGACGAUUUGUGCGUCGUCUGCGCCGCCGGCACAGGGAAGGAAACACGUGACAUUGUGGUGCAUCCUGGGAAGGUGCUGUGCGGUAGCCAUUUUCUGCCGUGGUGUGUACGGUUAUGUCGACGCAUCAGAAGGCCUCAGAUAAUGAUGCUUGGGCUCUUUUAGCCCUCAAAUCUGCACCUUCGAGCCCGUCAAAGCUACAAUGGAAUCCGGAACCCAAAGGAAUCGCAAUAGCGCGGCUGGAAGGCCGCGAAUUCGAGUAUAUGAUCCGACAGAACCGCAUCUCUAUAGGACGCAACAGCAGCCGAGGGGAAGUCGAUGUAAAUAUGGGCCACUCCAGUUUCAUUUCAAGAAAGCAUCUUGAGAUCUUCUACGAAUACUCUCAUUUCUUCAUGGUGUGCAAUGGCAAGAAUGGAGUUUUCGUUGACGGUGUUUUCCAACGGAAAGGCGCUGCACCGCUGCCACUACCAAAAACAUGUGUGUUUCGGUUUCCAAGUACAAAUAUCAAGAUCCUGUUCCAAUCGUUAGUGGACGAUGCCUCCUUAGCCGGGGGCCCACACGGCCCGCCAGCCCCGACGCCACCACCUCGGCUAGAACCCAUCGCACCGUCACCGAAGCGGCCCCUCGCACCCUUGAAAAUAAACAUCCCCGAAACGGGCUCUAAUUUUGCCAGCCCGAUUCCUUCGCCCACAGGGACGCUGAGUGCGGCAAACUCUUGCCCAGCCAGUCCUCGAUCGGGCACGCACAGGAGGAACGUGGCCUCGGAAUUGCAAAUGGCGGCAGCCGCGGUCGAACGUCACGAAGAUGGGCCUGGCCCUGGCUGCAAUCCUCCUCCGCACGGCACAGCCGGCAACAAUGGUGUCAGUAUCGUAGAAGGGGACCAGAAACCCCCCUACUCGUACGCACAGUUGAUCGUCCAGGCCAUCUCCUCAGCGAUCGACAAGCAGCUCACCCUCAGCGGCAUCUACUCCUACAUCACCAAGAACUACCCUUACUAUCGCACUGCAGACAAAGGAUGGCAGAAUUCUAUACGGCACAACCUGAGCUUAAACCGUUACUUCGUGAAAGUGCCCCGGUCUCAGGAGGAGCCAGGAAAGGGCUCCUUCUGGCGCAUCGACCCCCAGUCGGAAGGAAAGCUGGUGGAGCAGGCUUUCCGCAGACGCAGACAGCGUGGACUGCCCUGCUUCAGGACACCGUUUGCAUCUUCUCGGUCAGCUCCAGCGUCUCCAAGCCACGGUGGCGGCCACAGCGGCCUGGUGACGCCGGAUUCCCUCUCUCGAGAACCGAGUCCAGUACCCGAAAGCAUGCUCGAGACCUCCGAGGUACCCUCCCUUCACCACGGUUCGGCACCAGGCUCUAUGGUGAUGGUGGUGGGGAGCUCGACAGGAGGAGGAGGAGGCGGGGGUCCCCCCGUCCUGGGACCCCCUACGUACGUUGGGGCCUCUUUAGGGCCACGAGAGUUUAGAACGAGUCAGUCGGCGCCCGGAUCACCAGGUCCCUCCCAGUUGGUGUCUGCAUUCACAAAUAGCAAACCAAAGGUUGUAGUGGCGCACCAACCGACCGCAGUGGUGUCAAAUGGCAUCCUGACCAGCAAUGGCAGUCAUAGCGAGUUACAACGGCAAGAACAAGAAAGAAGCAACUAUACCAAGAGUCCGCACCAGGAGGCUCUCAUGUUCUACAAAUCCUCCAUGGAGUCCAUGUCUCCUCCUCCCCUGCACUCCAGCGUCAUCGUACAAGCCCCCCCGUCCUCCACCACAUCGGCAUUCACGGUGCCGGACUCCUCCUCCUCCUCGGGCACACUGCCGCCGACCCACCCGCGGAAGCGGCACUACGACGCAGCCUCGAGCAGUGACCCGACAGAAACAGCGUCUCCCAAGACGCAGCGCAGUUCAUCGGAGGUCUCCGAGGGGUCGAGUGAGGCAAUGGUUGCUACGUCCUCCGUUUCCUAACAGUGGGAGGCGUUUGUUGAGCGUUUCUGUUCCUCUGUCACCAGUGUUGCUCCGCGAGAGAGUGCUUGAAAAGGCUUUUGUUUCGGUAGGGGAGGAGGGCAAAUGUGGAAAAGGGAAUGAGGUUUUAUUUACGUCGUUUACAUUUCAUAGGUCGCGCGCGUGUUUCUUUUAAAGAAAGGCUUUUUUUUUUCUUCUUUUUUUCACUUUGUGCAUUGCGGAGCCUCUGCUUGGGCGAGAGUGGUACCGCAAUUCGAGGCGCGACUUCGCGGAUCGCAGCAGGUGGACUUUUUUUUUUUCUCUCUCUCGAGCGAAUAAUGCGCGGAUGUGUCUAGCACGCAGUUGUCGUGUCACACCACAGACGUCGUAGUCGUAGAACGAUUGGUCGAUAUACGACACACUUUAUUUCUCUGUCCCAUACGAGGCAUUACACCCGCGAGGAUAAGGUAACUCUGUUCUGGCCGGACUUCUCAAGCCGGAGCUGCUCAUCUCAUUUUGUGUAAAUUAUGCAUCCCCGCAUUGAGGUACCGCUAGAAUUAGCCAGCGUGAGGGGCACAUUCUUGAGUGCCAUGUCUCAUACCCUUAUUUACGUGUCCAAUUAAGGACAUCCCCCCCACCCGCCCCCCCAUUCAACAUUGUUCAUUACGCGAGUUUAGAGCAUAAAAAAAAAAACAGCAAGAGGAAGCAAUUGUUCUCGAGGCCGGAUGUGAGGUGUUCAUUGAAAGAGAGUGCUAGUCAAUCUUUUACCCGCAUAAGCCUGUUGCGUACUUUCCGUGCCCUCAACCGGACCCUCGAGGAAACCUUCGCCUUCCCCUUCGUCUUGUGCCUCACAGUGGCAAAAACCUCACCUCGGCGUUGGUGGUCGUCGAGCGUUUCUUACGGAGCCGUAACUCUUUGAAGCAUCUCCUCCUCUACUGGGCUGCUGCUUGGGCGGAUGCUUGUGUUGUGUACAUAUGUAAAUGAGGUAGAGCGAGCCACUUUUGGGCAGGUGGAACAGAAGGCACCGGUAGUCUGCGUAAUCAAAAGGGUAGGCUGCCACUUCCUUCCUAUAUUGAGACGUGCUUUUCUUAAGCCUUGUUUUGUCUUUUCACGUACUUUCUUUUUCCCGCAUCGCCCCGUUUUGCCGUUGCUUCCACACUUCAUCUCCUCUUUGUAAUUCGAGAGUUGUUUUUUUUGCUUCUGGGAUUUCUUCUUUUUAGCGCUAAUUGUCUCGUGGUCAUUUCACUAAGGGAUGAAGCAGCUUCAUGCGUCUUGUCGUGAUUGGAUUUUCUUUACUUUUCAAGUACUGUGGACUGGAAAAGGUCGGCAAGGCCGACAUUGUUUGAGUAGGGCAGAUGCGUCUGCGGGCGUUGUGUACAUAGAAAGGACAUGUGCGACCGGGUUCUCAUUGAAUGUGGUCGUAUUUUUAAGGGGGAGAAAGAGAGAGGGAGAGAUGUUUUUUUUUUUUUUUUCAUCUUCAUUGUUGUUGGCUUUGUGGAGAUAGUAUUGUAGUAGGUAUGUUUAAAAAAUUGUUUGUAAAUAAGAUGGGCUCUGUCUUGGGGAAAGAAAAAAAAAACGCUUGUGAGGGAGCACCUGCAACUCUUUUCUUUGCCAUUUAUUCAUCGUCAGUGAAUUAAUAAAAAAAAGUGUCGAGAGCAUCCACAUUGAGCUCCUUGAAUUUUCCUCCGCAGGAGAAUGGGAAGCACAUUAAAAGGCUUCGAUGGAAACCGGGAUAUUUUUUUGGUUGUCUAACACGUGAUCGGGGCACACGGAUAAUUUGAAUGUGUAGUGAGCUUUGCUACAUUACACGUAACUAGCGGAGCUGGUCUAUACAAUUGGGCGCUGUAGAACGUUCUUAAGGUGUACGCAAGUUUGGAUCCCAUAAAGACCCUAGCCUUCUGCGUUGGAAGAUUUACUUUUCCGCGAAGUGGGCUUUCCAAGUCUGCGGGAGAACAAGCAGAAAAAAGUGCAGUGCAACAUUCUCUCCAGAUCGCAUCACCCCGCGCCUUCUCCAGCCUCUCGUAGCUUUUCAGUGCGCAAAGAAAACUAGACUCAACUCUGUCAAUCUCUCGCUGUCGUUACAUUUCCUAUCAUCUCUGCACAUUCAGCCGUGUAUGUGCCAGCAUUAUUGGUGGUGUCAGCCGUUGCAGACGUGACUGGUUGGGUUUAACCCUCAAAAAUAUUGAAGAUCGAUAGAAAUCCUUACAAAAUUCUGUAAGACACAAAAUAUUCCAUGAACCAAUGAUUGAGGGAAACAGCAGGUUCCGCGAGGCAUGGCCAAUUUCGCAGAAUCUGGGGAAAGUUAGGGUCUUCACACACAAAGUAUGAUGUUGGAGAUGCACAUUAGUGUUAUGCACCAUCAAUUUUUUUUAUUUUUGUUUGCUUUUGUGUCUGUUCAGCUUGGCCACUAAGACCUUUAACAGGAGGAUAUUUUUUCUUUGUGCUUCCCAUUCCCCCCCAAGAAACAUGAGUGUCCUUAAACUGCGAAUGUUUCGAGCUUUGCUUUAAAUAGAUGUUUAUUUCUUGUUGGUAGAAUACAUCUAAAGAUUGGGAUACAAUGAAUGACAAUGCAUCAACAUGACUAGAAAUACGGAAGACAUAAUCAGAUUGGAGGGCCUCAUUUGAGGCUGGGUGAAAGGUGAUCAGCAGUGUAGGUAUUAAUCUUAUUAUCUGGGUAAUGCAAAAGAUUCUACUACAAGCAGCUUUGUGUGUCUUUCAUUCACAUCAGAGAUCCACGAGGGAACAAAAAAAAAAGAGUAGGACCUUGAAUUUUCAUCAAAGAAUGUGUGGUCUUCAGAAAUUUUGCAAAAUGUCAAAAUGCAGUCUCGUGAAUUAAAAGCAAAUUCACACUC